AUUAUUGUGUAUAUAAAGAAAUGGCCAUGGAAGCAUGUAACUCAUCACCAAUUUCCCUUUUCUUUUUGCUCUUUCAGUUUUUGAUAUUCAAGAAAGUUAAAUAAGCUUAAAGAAGAAUGAAAGGGUUUUGGAACUUAACGAGUACCAUUUCUCUUACUCUUUCUAUACUUUUUUUAUUCGGCUACAGUUAUGAGGACGUGUCUGCGGUUCCAACUACGCACUUGUGUCGUCCGGAUCAAAGGGAUGCACUUCUUCAGUUCAAGAACGAGUUUGAGGUUUUAAACUCUUCCGUUGAUUCUCUUUGUAUUAUCAAUAAAACUAUAGUAAAGCCCCUUCGGAAGACAGAGUCAUGGAUGAAUAACAGCGACUGCUGUAAUUGGGAGGGUAUCACGUGCAACCCCAAUUCCGGUGAAGUGGUCGAACUAGACCUUAGUUGCAGCAACCUACGUGGCAAGUUUCAUUCUAAAAGCAGUCUUCGAAACCUUCAUUCUCUAACUACUCUACUCCUUUCAAAUAAUGAUUUUAGUGGUCCAAUCAUGUCUUUAAUUGGAAACCUUUCUCAUCUCACCUCUCUGGACCUUUCGCGAAAUGGUUUCAGCGAGUUCAUUCCUUCUUCGAAAGUAGACCUUUCUUAUCUCACCUUUCUCGAUCUUUCAUCUAAUAGUUUUUCUGGUCAGAUUCCAUCUUCAAUUGGAAACCUUUCUUAUCUCACCUUUCUCGAUCUUUCAUUUAAUAGCUUUUCGGGUGAGAUUCCAUCUUGGAUUGGAAAUCUUUCUCAUCUCACCUAUCUUAACCUUGAGUUGAAUCAAAUUUCGGGUAAGAUUCCAUCUUCUAUUGGAAAUCUUUAUAACCUCACUUAUCUUUACCUUUCUGGGAACAAUAUUGUUGGAGAAAUCCCAUCUUUUUUUGGCAAUCUAAACCAGUUGACCACCUUAGGUGUUGCUGUAAAUAGGCUCAAUGGAAGCUUUCCCAUUGCACUACUGAAUUUGACAAAGUUGUCAUAUUUAGGACUCUAUUACAAUCAGUUCACAGGAACAAUUCCUCAUAACAUCACUUCACUAUCCAAAUUGACGUAUUUUGUAGCAAGUAACAACGCUUUCACUGGGACCCUGCCUUCUUCUCUCUUCACCAUUCCUUCUAUGGAAAGUGUUAUUUUGCAUGAUAACCAACUCAACGGCAUUCUUGAGUUUGGGAAUAUAUCUUCACCACCUCAGCUACGAAAGUUAGACGUUGGCAAUAACAACUUGAGAGGGCCAAUCCCGGCCGCGAUAUCCAAAUUUACCAACCUUGUCCGACUUGACCUUUCCCACUACAAGACACAAGCUCCAGUGGACUUUAACAUCUUCUGGCAUCUCAAGAGGCUGGAAGAUCUUGACCUAUCCUAUUUGAACACGACCACUACUACCAUUGACUUGAAUUAUAUCUUGUCGUAUUUUAAGAGGCUCUCUGUGUUGGAUCUCUCAGGCAACCAUGUUUCUGCCACAAACAAGAGUUCAGUUUCAGGUCCCCCUUUGCUGCGUUAUUUGGAAUUGUCAGGCUGCGGUAUCACCGAGCUCCCGGAGUUUGUAAGAAACCAACAUAUGGAGUGGCUAGACAUUUCCAACAAUAAAAUCAAAGGACAAGUGCCUGGCUGGUUAUGGACGCUACCAAAUCUUACUUACCUGAAUCUUUCCAACAACACUUUUACGGGCUUCGAAAAACCAACAACAAUUUUACUUUCAAGGCUAUCUAGCCUAAAUUUGCUUGCCUCCAACAACAAUUUUACGGGAAAGAUUCCCUCUUUCAUAUGUGAUUUGCGCUCUGUAUACAUUCUUGAUUUAUCAAACAACAACUUCAGUGGUUUAAUCCCUCCUUGUCUGGGUAAUCUCAACCGUUCUCUUGAAUUUCUAAACCUUCGUCAAAAUCGUCUUCAUGGAGGUCUUCCGGAGACUAUAUUUGAAAGCUUAAGAACGCUUGACGUUGGUCAUAACCAACUGACUGGAAAGCUUCCAAGAUCUUUGAUCCAUUUCUCUAGUCUUGAAGUUCUGAACGUGGAAAGCAACAUUUUCAAUGAUACGUUUCCGUUCUGGUUGCAUUCUCUACCAGAGUUAAAAAUUCUUGUGUUACGCUCCAAUGCGUUCCAUGGACCGAUACUUCAAACUUCGUUCCCUAAGUUGCAAAUCAUCGACAUAUCUCACAAUCACUUCAAUGGAUCUUUGUCAUCAGACUACUUUGUGAAGUGGAGUGCUAUGUUAUCAUUGGGGAAGAAUUAUGAUCAGUGGGAUGACAAGUACAUGGGAGGUUCCUAUUACCAUGAUUCAAUGGUGUUGAUGAAUAAAGGUAUAGAGAUGGAGUUUGUACGUAUCCUAAAGAUCUACACAGCACUCGACUUUUCAGGAAACAAAUUUGAAGGAGAGAUCCCAAGGUCCAUCGGUCUAUUAAAAGGGCUUCUUAUGCUUAACUUGUCGAACAAUGCUUUCACUGGCCACAUCCCUUCAUCUCUUGGAAACCUGACGGCUCUUGAGUCACUAGACGUUUCCCAAAACCAGCUUUCAGGAGAAAUUCCGCAAGAGCUAGGGGAACUCUCAUUCCUUUCCUACAUGAACUUCUCUCAUAACCAGCUUACAGGUCUAGUACCAGGAGGCACUCAGUUUCAAAGGCUGGACUGCACUUCCUUUGAGGAUAAUCCGGGACUUUUUGGCCCUUCUCUUGACGAAGAUUGCAGAGAUAUCCACAAGCCAACACCACAUGAAACACCAGAAUCAGAGGAAGAAGAAGAAGAAGAGGUGUUGAGUUGGAUAGCAGCUGUAAUAGGAGUCAUACCUGGUAUUGCCUUUGGAUGGGUGAUUGGUUACAUACUCUUUUCCUACAAACCAGAGUGGUUCAUCGACCCUUUUGCCCGAAACAAGCGCAGAAUCAGCAGCAGCACAACUCAUUAAAGAGGUCUUUUAUAAGCUACCUGCGGAAUCUGAAAGAUGAAAUCCGAAGCAAUUACUAUGUCUAUCAUAAUUUCAAAUAAGAUUUGGGAUAUCGUUUCUGGUUUAGCUUGGUGUGUUUUUUCUCUAUCUCUAUUUUUUUUACGUUUUAGCAAACUUCUUUGUUUCUCUGUAAUUGAACAACAACUAUGUUUCUUAAGCUGAAAAUUACAAGCACAGUCAAAGAUGUGUCGUCUUUUCCCCU